ACUGACCAUAUCACUGGAGGCCAUGUUGCUGAUUACAGUGCCAGUAAAAGUGCUGAGCCUCCAUACAUUCAAGUAUCAGUAAAACCUAAUCAGUCUGAACCUGUUGCUGAUGAGAUGUCCCAUGCUCUACUUAUUGAAGGUAUACAAACAUCAUCUGAUGCAUCUACUGUUCAAUGGAAUAUUGAAGUAUCUAAGAAUGACUUAUUAUCAACCACUCCUUCAUCAAUUUUCGCUCCCACUUCAACUGAAAGAGUAGCGGGAGCAGAAAUUGUACCAGAAGUUGCUUAUAAAGUGAUGUCAGAAUAUAUUUCAGCUUUCAAACACUGUGGGAUUGAUCUUCACUUCUUAGCAGAGAAGUUAUUAGAGAAGAAGAUAAUAAAUGUUAGACAAAAGAAGAAAGCCACUGAUGAACACAGUGGACGUACCACUGACCAGAGAAUGGAUCAACUACUUGACAUUAUUAAAGACUCUGUACAACAAGAGGGAAAGGUUUUUGAGUAUAUUUUAGAAAUACUUAUAGAUGAAGAUACCAUACUAGCUAACAAACUGUAUGAUGAUAUGAAUAGUAAAUACAGAGAAUAUAAAUAAUAGCUUUUGUAUUUGUCAAGUAUUCAAGCAUAAUUGCCUUUUUAUUUUUUUUAAUUAUAAAAUUAAAGCCGCCCAUUUUUGAUUUA